CUGAUCUACACACCAGCCAUGGUAUGGAUCGUGGCAAAUGGAUACCCUCAAAAGAUGAUAGUAACAAGAAACUUUUGGUUAACCCUUGAGAGAGUUGCAAGCUUCAAGAACUCUGAUGAAACAGAUUCUAGAUCAAGUGGAGGACAACAGAAGACAGACUUUUUCAAAUGGCCUCCUCUUACAGUGCAAACACCCUUCCUACACCCUAAGUUCUAG